AUGUCAUCACCACCCACCAGCGAUUCACCGAGCGUGCCCAACUCGCCGGGGUCAGACACGAGAUUGUGCCCUGAUGCGAGCAGGCAGCCCGGCCCCAGUGUAUUGAAGGCGUAUCUGCUCCAGAAUGCCCCGGAAUAUCGGAGGCUAGACGCGCUACGGCAAAAGGGAUGGGAGAAUAAAGCUGGAGAUGUAUUCUUCCAACAGCAGAGACAGCGAGCAGACCACCCAGAUCAAAAGACAAUCACGUUCUUCUACAAGAUGAUGAAGGGCAUUGCAAAGGAACUGCACUCAACGACUGGCGGCGCGCUCCGCGUCUACGCGAGAAGACCAGAUAGACCGCAGAUUCUAGACUUUUGCACGGCUCCGGGUGGGUUCCUCGAAUCGGCCAUUAAGAUGAAUCCUGGAGCCAGAGCCACGGCGUUCAGCUUGCCGCCCACGCAGGGAGGGCAUGAGAUCAUUAUGCCGCUGGAUUCCACCGUGGCGUUCAAGUAUGCGGACGUCACCAUGUUUGCCGGCGACAUGGGCUACACGGACGCCGUGCCAGCAGAGAACCCUGACGCCGCCAGCUUUGUGCUAGAGCGCAGCGUUGGCCCUGAGCAGCGCUUCCAUCUCGUCUUCUGCGACGGGCAGGUUCUGAGAACCCAUGUCCGGGCUGCCUAUCGGGAGCAGUGGGAGGCGCGGCGUCUGUCAGCGACGCAGCUCGCCAUUGGGCUCGAACACGUCUCGCUUGGCGGGACCAUGGUGGUGCUUUUGCACAAGCUCGAUGCCCCGGACACGGCGAGUCUGCUGCACACGUUUAGCAGGUUCUCUACCAUCCAGCUCUUUAAGCCGAAGAAGGCUCACGCCAAGCGAUCCUCGUUCUACAUGGUUGCCCGGGAUAUCCAGAACAAUUUGCCGCAGGCACGGGAGGCCAUCGAAGCCUGGAAGCUCACGUGGAAGACGCUGACUUUUGCCGCCGACGAAGAUCGCUGGGCGGCGGAUGGCCACAUGGAUGAACAAGAGCUGGUGGAGCAGUUUGGGUCGGACCUUGUAAGGCUCGGGAGGAGCAUUUGGGAGAUUCAGGCCGAAGCUCUCGAGAAGGCGCCGUUCAUGCAGGCCGGGCAGAAUUGA